AUGGAUAAUUGAUGUGGGAGGACUUAGCCUGUUAUGAAUAGCAUUAUCUCUAGGCAGGCUGGGCCUUGGCUGCAUAAGAAGACAGCUGAGCAUGAGCCAGGGAGCCAGCUACUAACCAGUGUUCCUCCUUGGCCUUUGCAUUGGGUCUGGUGUGCUGAUUUACCCUGAAUUCUGUUUCCCUUUCCUUCUUGGCACCCUAGGGAGGGCUGGGGUGGAGCCGACUUUGUCUCAGUAUUAUUCCCCAUGGUUUGGGGUAUACAGGUAAUGAGUGUUGUUGAAUGCUGCUGUAUUUGCAGCUAAAGAUAGAUACUGACCUCUGGGGUCUUCAGCCUGAAGGACCCUGGAGGUUUCUGCAGUCAAACUCAGUGAUGCUGGGAUGGGUUGCCAGCAUCGACGUGGUGGAGAAUGAAGAGGCCAGUGCCAGUGUCAUUGUUAAAAUGACAGACUCAUUUACGGAGCAGGCUGACCAGGUCACUGCUGAAGUUGGAAAGCUCCUGGGUGACCAGAAAGUAGACGCGAUUCUCUGUGUGGCUGGAGGAUGGGCUGGGGGCAAUGCCAAAUCCAAGUCACUCUUUAAAAAUUGUGACCUGAUGUGGAAGCAGAGUAUGUGGACAUCUACCAUCUCCAGCCACUUGGCCACAAAGCACCUGAAAGAAGGAGGCCUCUUGACCCUGGCUGGGGCCAAAGCUGCCUUGGAUGGGACUCCUGGGAUGAUCGGCUACGGCAUGGCCAAGGGCGCCGUCCAUCAGCUCUGCCAGAGCCUUGCGGGGAAGAACAGUGGCAUGCCCCCCGGGGCUGCUGCCAUUGCUGUGCUCCCGGUUACCCUGGAUACUCCAAUGAACAGGAAAUCAAUGCCUGAGGCUGACUUCAGCUCCUGGACACCCUUAGAGUUCCUGGUUGAAACCUUCCAUGACUGGAUCACUGGGAAUAAACGGCCGAACUCAGGAAGCCUAAUCCAGGUGGUAACCACAGAAGGGAAGACAGAGCUUACUCCAGCGUAUUUUUAAGCCUCAUCUCAGUGCCUGGGAGAACUCUCCCGAAACAUCACUAACCUGUGUGUGGCUGCAUCUGGCCCCAUGUUUUCUGUAUUCCUGUUGGCGGUACAAGAUAACCAGUCCUGUUUGUCUUUUUCAUAGUUUUCCUUUGCUGUCCUGGGAUGGUAUGGUGUUUAUGGGAAAUGAGCAAAGAGGCCUGUAGGUAGCACUGUCAGUGCCGAGGGCCCAGGGAGGUGUGGGGGCAGCCUGCGUCACAGCAUCCUGGAUUGCUUUGGAGACCCUCAAUGCUCCUCUCAUUUGUUGGCAUUUGGGCACUUGAAAGUCCAGCCUGUUUUUGAAUUCCAUGUUGGUGCCAUAGAGGUGAUUUUUUGUGGCCUGAAAUUGAACUGCCUUGAAAAUUCUUUUGUGAUGUAAGCAAACGUAGCCGACUGUCACAAUAUCUUUUUGUGUCCUAGCCUAAGCUAAGUGUGCAGGAGAACCACUUGUGAAUAUUUGGGAUGUUCUUCCUAAUAAACACACUUCAUGUCUUG